AUGUCCAAUCACACAAAAGUGGUCGACGGUGUGGUCGUCACAAACACUGACUUCCCCCCUCCCCGAGACUGGACCAACGUAUAUGAUGAGAUUGGUGGCGACAUGCGCUGGAAUGAUGAUUUGGAAGAGAUGAUUAAGGACCGGGGCCUUGACGGAGAUGUCCAGCCUUUCUACGGCACAUGUUCCUAUACGGGCGAGGCCCUCUUCUUGAUGCAGGUUGGCGGCAAGCAGUUCCUCUUCUGGAAUGCACUCGAUGAUUCUAUGUACUUUUUGAAGGGAAACUUGACCCUGGAAAAGAUUGUGGCAGGUCUUGAUGAGGAGGGUUUGAAAGCAUUUGACCUUGAAGAAAUCUGA